CUUCAAAGUCCGAAGAGAUAGCCGGGAGUCCUCUUCUUGUACUGGUUUAACUUGCACUCAAACGCCCGCUGAAACCAAGCAGCACUUUGUUUCAGUCCUCCCAUCAAGUGCCACCAUUUCCAGUCAUUAUUAUGCAUUUCCAUCUGAUAUGAUAUGCAAACUGGGCGCCCAACGCCUGAUAUACCGUGCCAAAAUCUCAAGAUUUGUGAAAGCUGGCCUUAUCGAUCAAGCCGUCCAAGUGUUCGACGAAAUGACCCAAUCAAAUUGUCGCGCUUUCAGCAUUGAUUACAAUCGUUUCAUCGGUGUUUUAGUUCACCAUUCCCGGUUUGACCUCGCCCAUCAAUAUUAUCAACAAAUGGGCCCUCUAGGCUUCUCUUUAACCCCUUUCACUUAUUCUAGAUUUAUUUCAGGUUUGUGUAAAGUAAAGAAUUUUGGUUUAAUUCAUAUUCUUUUGAGUAAUAUGGAUAAGCUUGGUCUUGUGCCUGAUAUUUGGGCCUUUAACAUAUAUUUGAGUCUUUUAUUUUCUGAGAAUCGGAUUGAGUUAGCUUUGGAAGUUUUUGAUAAAAUAGUUAAUAAUGGAAGGAAGCCUGAUGUUGUUACAUAUACAAUUAUUAUUAAUGGGUUGUGCCAAGCAAAGGAGUUUGAUAGAGCUGUUCAAGCUUGGAGACUGAUGAUUGAAAAAGGGAUAAAACCAGAUUUUAAAGCUUGUACAGCGGUUGUUGUUGGGUUGUGUGAUGGUGGGAAAGUUGAUUUAGCUUAUGAGUUAACAGUUGGUUCAAUGAAGGGAGAGAUCGAGUUUGGCUUGUUGAUUUAUAACAUGUUGAUUAGUGGUUUUUGUAGAGCUGGUAGGAUUGAUAAGGCUAUAGCAAUAAAGAGAUUUAUGAUGAGAAAUGGAUGUGAGCCAGAUUUGGUUACUUAUAAUGUGUUGUUGAAUUACUGUUGUAAUGACGAUGUGGUUGAGGCUGAGAAGUUGAUGAAGAAGAUGGAGAGGAGUGGGAUAGAACCUGAUGUAUAUAGUUAUAAUCAACUUCUUAAGGGCCUCUGUAAAGCUAGCCGACCUGAUAAAGCUUAUUUGUUUAUGGUGAGUAAAAUGGAGGCAAAAGGAUUCUGUGAUGUUGUAUCAUACAAUACUAUUAUUGAGGCAUUCUGCAAGGAAAGUCAUACUAGAAGAGCUUAUAAACUGUUUGACGAAAUGAAACAGAAGGCUAUUGCACCGGAUGUAGUAACGUAUACUAUUCUUGUAAAAGCAUUUCUUAGAGAAGGUAGUUUUGAUUUAGCUAAGAAACUUCUAGAUCAGAUGAUGGGAGUGGAUUUGUUGCCGGAUCUUAUACUUUACACUACAAUUGUUGAUUACCUAUGCAAGAGUGGUAAAAUUGAGAUAGCGCAUGGUAUUUUUCAGGACAUGAUAAAGCAGGGAAUCACCCCCGAUGUGGUUUCAUACAAUGCCCUCAUAAAUGGCCUUUGCAAAUCUUCUAGAGUAAGUGAAGCCUUGCAUCUCUAUGAGGAAAUGAAGACCAAAGGAACACAUCCUGAUGAAUUAACAUUCAAAUUGAUUAUUGGUGGGCUCAUUCGAGAAAAGAAGCUGGAAAUUGCUUGUGGUUUGUGGGAUCAGAUGAUGGAGAAGGGUUUUACUCUUGAUAAUGCAGUUUCAGAGACUCUAGUCAAAGCUCUCCAUUCAGGAGAUUUUGCAGAAAAUUGAGAAAUGGUUGAUGGCUAUGGUGUUAAUGGUACAUCUAUACUCUACUGCAAAGAUAUCCUAGAUCAGAGAUAUUUUUGGUCUGCAUUAUCCUAUGUUGCCAUAACAGAUUCCAAAAAGCAGGGCAUUCAGGUUUGAGCUUCUAUAUUAUUUGUACUAUUAGUAUUUAUUGGUUAUGCAGUCAAGUGUUGGAACAUUGUUCGAUAAAAGAAUAUGAAGAUACACUGGAUGUCUUGCUUACAAAUAUAUUCUCUUUCUACCCCCUUAUAGGUGUUUCUUUUUAACCUUUUCAGUAUAUGUUUCCAUAUCUUAUUAUGUCCCUUCUUAGUUGCUAACAGAAUUUGAUGUAUUACUUUUUAUGAACCCCUUCCCCAUUCCUUUUCCUGUUUCUGCUCGAAUCUGCAUCUUAUCUGGGCUUUUUCAGGAGACAUGACCUAGUUUCUGAAUAGAAGUGGAAGAGGAUGCUUAUGUCUGAUUUUGAGUGUUGAUAUCCAGAAGCAGAGGUAUGCCUUCUCCCUCCAAUGUAAAAUGUAUGUGUACUUGUGUGUGUGGAACUGUACAUAAUAUUUAAGGACAGUGAUUUUGAAUACAGAUGUCAAUCACAAUUGUAGAUUGAAUACACAUGUCUAGAAGAUUGAAUGAUAACAACAAUUGUAGCAUUGCAACUGUUCUGAACAGAUUGAACGAUCAAAGCUCUCAUCAAAUUGUUUGAAAUUUGGUUAGCAUCCCCAUUUGAGUGUCUUAAAAUGGAAUAUGACCAAACCCCCCGAGAGUUGUUGAUACAAGUGAAAUGAUUUAGCAAAGUGAUGUGAGGACUCAGGAUUUUUCUUUUGAGCAGGAUGUAAUAUCCGUUUGCUGUGGAGAAUUGUUAACAGUUGGCGGUUCACUUUCUGCAAAAAUUGCUUUGCUUGUUUCACAUCAUGGGUAUAGUAUUUAUGUGGACUGAUGCUGCUUGUUAGCACUUGAGUUUUGUCUUCAUAGGUAUUUGGUUGACUGGAAGCAAUCAAAUUGUUUGUUAGUUAAUAUAAUUGCAAUUUAAAUGGAUAGCUUCAAUGAAGAAAAAAGUUCCAUUUCCA